UUUGCUCUUGUUUACUUAUGGUCUUUAUCAUGACAUAUAUCCAAAGGUUUUAUAUCCUUUUACAUUUUGUGAUUCGAAAAUGAAAUAAUUCGACAAUUAUGGUACACUAGAUAUUGGCAUGUUCAAGAAUUUGAGUCUUACGAACAUUAUAGUUGUAUGGAGCGGUACAAUAUUCUUGGUCGCAUUGGGGAGGGUGCCCAUGGGGUUGUUUUAAAAGCUAAGCAUAUUGAGAGUGGAGAGCUUGUUGCCUUGAAGAAGGUUCCUUUAAGAAAACUUGCUGAUGGAAUUCCUAAUACAGCUCUUCGAGAAAUAAAGGCUCUCCAGUUUAUUGAGUCCAGUCCGUAUGUUGUCCAUCUGCGAGAAGUCUUCCCUCAUGGUACUGGUUUUGUUCUGGUCUUCGAGUAUAUGGUUACGGACCUUAGUGAGGUCAUUCGGAAUUCACAACCCCCUCUUACUGAAGAACAGUUUAAAUGUUAUAUGUUAAUGAUACUAAGAGGAGUUGAAGUUAUGCAUUCUAAUGGUAUUAUGCACAGGGACCUCAAGCCUGCCAAUCUAUUAAUUAGUUCUGAGGGGGUCCUGAAAAUAGCUGACUUUGGUCUUGCAAGGGUUUUUGAAAAUAAUAAUGAGCGUCUAUACAGUCAUCAAGUGGCUACAAGGUGGUAUCGGGCACCUGAGUUGUUGUAUGGAGCUAAAAAGUACACAAAUAGUGUUGAUUUAUGGGCUAUCGGUUGUAUAUUUGGUGAAUUACUUAAUAGCUCUCCAUUGUUUCCAGGAGAAAAUGAUAUUGAGCAGCUUUGGUUUGUUGUACGCGUUCUUGGAACUCCAAAUGAAGAUAUAUGGCCUGAGGUCAAAGAACUACCUGAUUACAACAAGAUAAGUUUUAAUCUGUGUGAAACCAUUCCAUUUGAAGAAGUUCUCCCAGAUGCAUCAGUUGAAGCCAUUGCUCUUGUUCGUAAAUUCUUAGUGUACCCACCCUAUAAAAGAAUUACAGUAUCUGAAGCAUUGAAAGAUCCAUAUUUCACUACGGACCCAUUACCUGCCCAGCCUUCUGAACUACCUGUUAUUACUCCGCAUCGUAAUAAUUUACCACAUCCUCAAGAAACUUAUGAAGUUUGUCUUACAACUACUUUGGAUUCGAUUCUUGUGGAUCAUGAAUUACUGAAGGAAGGUGUAAAACUACUGGAUGAUGAAUUAAAAGAUUGUUCAGACAACUCAACCGGUGUUACUCGCAUAUCGUCAAACUAAAAAUUUCUAUUCAAUUUUAAUUGAUAGUGUUAUAAUAAACAGUUGUUAAUAAUUAUCUUAUGAAUCAUCUAACAAUUAUCGUUUAUUGAUAAACUUGUUUUUGAAUUUUGCAAAUAAAUACAAACUCUUGUAGUUUACAGUCUUG